AUGGAUGUAGAAACGAAUUCAACAAUUCAUAAUAAUCAUGAAGAAGAAUCAAAAAGUAGUACAGUUAUUUUAUUUUUAUCAUUUGCUGUAUUAUUGGCAUGUAUAUGUAAAAUAAUAUUUUCAAGAGUAUUAAAAAACAAAAUUCCACUUCCAUUUACGAUUGCUGUUCUCAUUUUGGGAUUUAUAAUUGGUAUUAUUGUAACAGAAAUAAAAAAAGCACAUAACGAUUUUCUCUUUGGAGCAAUUCAGUUGAGUCAAGUAGAUCCUCAUUUAAUAUACUAUAUCUUUUUACCAUUAUUAAUAUUUGAUUCAUCAUUUAAUGGUCAUUUUCAUGUUAUAAAACAACAAUUAUUAUCAGCAAUUCUUAUGGCUGGUCCUGGUGUAUUUAUAUCAACUGUAAUUAUCGCAAUAUGUGCAAUUUAUAUAUUUCCAUAUAAUUGGUCAUGGUUACUUGGUAUUCUAUUUGGAAGUAUUUUAAGUGCCACAGAUCCGGUUGCUGUUGUCGCUUUAUUACAUGAUUCUGGUGCAAGUAGAUCGCUGGCUUCAUUGAUUGAUUCUGAGUCUCUAUUAAAUGAUGGCUCAGCAUUUGUUCUCUUUCUUAUUUUUCAUAAUAUUAUUAUUGGUGAAGACCAUAGUGCAAAAAAUAUAAUUACAAAUAUUGUUAAAUAUAGCAUUGGUGGCCCCGCUUUUGGUCUAGCUUGUGGUAUAAUCAGUGUAAUCGUAUUGAAUCGAAUCAAUAACGAACUUGAAAUUGAAAUAACAUUUACCUUUGGUCUUGCUUAUCUUAUUUUUUAUAUUGCUGAUGUUGAACUUGGUGUAUCAGCUGUUCUUGCACUUGUUGCUAUGGGUUUAUAUAUGAGUAAAUACAAAUAUUGUAUCAGUAAUAAUGUUCAAUCUUCGAUGACCAGUGCUUGGCGACUUGCUACUUAUUUUAUAAAUAUUCUUAUUUUUACUAUUACUGGUCUUAUUUUAGCGAGAUCAUUUAUCGGUACAGCUACCACGAUAACAGCAAGAGAUUUCGGAUUUUCAAUUGUAUUAUAUAUAAUGAUUCAUAUUGGACGAAUAUUAACUGUUGGUAUUUUGUAUCCAUUAAUAAAGUGUACUGGUGUACAUUUAUCAUGGAAAGAUUGUAUUAUUUUAAUAUGGAGUGGUCUACGAGGUAGUAUGGCUCUUAUUUUAGUUCUCAUCGUUAGUUUGGAUACAAAUAUUGAUGCAGUUAUACGUGAUCGUUUUCUAUUUCAUGUAUCUAUGAUUGUAUUACUUACUUUAGUCAUUAAUGGAACAAGCAGUACAAAAGAAAGUGAAACAGUUCUUUUACAAGCAUUUGAACAUAUGCGACGACGAACAUCAUGGAAAUUAUCAACAAUGAAACAAGAUGAAAAAUUUGCAAGCGUUGAUUGGAAAAUAUUGAAUCAAUAUUUACCUGAUAAAUUAUUAGAAGAAUUAGAUCAAGAAAAUAAUACAACUUUUCAUCAACAAUUAUCAGAAAUGGUACAUGUAAAUUCUCCAACAUUGACUCGACGAUCUUCUCGUCAAAGUAAUAGUAUAGAUUAUGAAUUACAAACAAUUCCAACGAUAUAUCAAACAAAUUCAAUUUCAAGUAGUCCAAUAACAAAAAAGAAAUUUUCAAGAAAUACAGAUACAAUAUUACCUGUUAUUGAUAUUAGACAUAGUGAUAAUAUUCAUAAUCAAAAUAUUCAAAAUGCAUUAGUUACUCGUUUUUUAACUGCAAUGUCAAUUGAUUAUGAGAAACAAUGGUAUCUUGGAAUGAUUCGUCGAAGUACACUUGAUAUUCUUAUCAAAUCAGUUGAAGAAGCAAAACAAAAAAAUUCAUUUCAACUUCAUUGGCAAUUAAUUGUUAAACAUUUUCGAUUGGCAAUUCUUCUUCAAUUUCUUAUUAAAUUUAAUUAUUUUAAUUUUAUUAAUCAAUGGAAAAAUCAAUUAUUUUUUGAUCAUAUUUUUCGAACUAUUGAACUAACUUUAAGUUUUCAUUCUGCUAAAACACGAAUGGAUAAUAUUCGAUUGCAAUUUCCUGAAUUAUCAAAUAUAAAUGAAAGAAUAAUGAAAGAAGUAUGUGAAGAAGUAAAAAUAUAUCAAUUAAAUGCAAUGCAUAUACUUCUCGAUUUACAACAAUCCUAUCCACUUUGUUGGACCAUGCAAAUGACAAGACGAUGUGCUCAAAUGCUUUUAAAAUAUGAAUCUGUUGCAAUUAUUCAAUUAUAUGAAACUGGUAUGUUAGAAGAAAAUGAAUAUUCACAUAUACUAGAAUUGAUUGAAAACAAACUAUUUUCUCUUGAAUAUGGACGUAUACAAAUGCCAGAAAAUCAAAAGAAAAUGCUUGAAGAUCCCUUUGAUUUAAUAUCCUAUUUCAAACCACUUUCUUCAGUUGAAAAAACCCAAUGGAAAUCUCUUAUGAUUUCUAAACAUGAAUGGUUUCAACCUGGUGCUGUUCUAUUAAGAAGACAUGAAAGAGUAUCAACUGCUUAUUUGAUUAUCCGAGGUAUUGUUCAAUGUAAAGAUGAUACGAUGCCUACUUAUUACAAAUGUGGUAGUAUAGUAGGAAUCGAUGCAUUAUUCUCUGAACAGUCUUUAUCGUAUGGUACUUAUACUGCUAAUGAUGGAAUUGUCGAAACAUAUUUAAUUGAUUCAGUUUUAUUAAAUUUGCUGUUAUCUGAUGAGAAAAUCUCUCGUUCUAUUUAUAAUGAAAUAGCACUUCAUAUUAUAAUGAAUAAUUAUAGCAAAUCUUUCGAUUUAAAUCAUGCACAAUUAAAAAUGCUUUUAAAUGAAAAGGUUUCAUUUUACAAAAACCAAUCAAAUUUAACAAUUGAUCUCGAAACACAUCAAAGACUAUUUCUUUUAUCAGGAACAAUGAUGCGUUAUUCAGAUGAAGAAGAAAUUAUUUCUGAUUCAUUACAUUUUAUUUUCGUUAAUUCUCCUACAACGUACAAAUUAGAUUCAUCUAGCAUUGUUUAUACAUGGACACAAGAAGAUGAAAUGUAUUGUUUAAAUGCUAACAAAUUUAAAAUUAAUUUUUCAAAUGAAAAUUUACAAGUUGAUUCUGUUGAGCCAUUUUAUCCCCUUUUUUUAGGCGAAUCAACCGAAUUUUCUCCACGACGUCAUUCAUCAUCAAUCACACGUCCAAUUGAAAAUCUAAGUAAUUUUCAAUUGAUACCAUCAGAAAUCGGAGUUCAAAAUGAAGCAACGAUUCCAGUAGAAUUUUCUUAA